AUGGACAUGUCGAUGGCGACCACGACGACGGCAAACAACGCUAUGUCAAGCACGACUGCGACAGCCACUUCGGCUUCAUCUACCUCUACUCUGAGCAUGGAAAUGAGCAUGGGUAAUUCCUGCAAAAUUUCGAUGCUAUGGAACUGGAACACGGUCGACUCAUGCUUUAUUGCAGAAUCAUGGCAGAUCACUUCCAAUGGAAUGUUUGCCGGUUCCUGUAUUGGAGUUAUUUGCCUAGUCAUAUCUCUUGAAUUCCUUCGUCGCCUUGGAAAGGAGUAUGACCGUUCUCUGCUUAGGACUCAUACAUUACGUCUUCGACAGUCAAGGUCAGAGGUGUCGACGUCGGUUGAGGCUUUGAGUUCAAAUUUUGUGUCUCAAAAAUUCACUCCUACGAUACUGCAACAGUCUAUUCGCGCUUUUUUGCAUAUGGUUCAAUUUGCGGUUGCUUACUUUGUCAUGCUCCUCGCCAUGUACUACAACGGCUACAUUAUUAUUUGUAUCUUCAUUGGUGCCUACAUCGGUUCAUUUAUUUUCUCCUGGGAACCUGUCAAUUUGGAGUAA